ACGGCAAAGAUAAUAAAAGAUUACGAUGACAUGGCAAAACCUGAUUGUAGACAGCUUGGCACUUAGCCGUCAGUCGAUUUCUAAAUCUUCUAAACUACCAAAAUUAUCAGCAACUGUUCCAAUUCCAGUUUCAAACUCCAAUCAAUCUUAUCAAUUCACAAAACUCUUCAAUAUGAGUUACCACAGACCUCCCAACGACCCCUACGCUUCUCCAGGCUAUUCAGCUCCCUAUCCACCACCACCUGGGUACCCACCGCCGCCACCACCACCUGGGUACCCACCGCCGCCACCACCGCCGUACGAGGGGUACCCGCCACCGCCACCGCCACCGCCACCGCCACCUGGGUUUCCUUACCCUCCGCCAGGGCAACGUCCAUACGAAGGGUACCAAGGGUAUCUUGCUGAAGGGUAUCCUCCACCGCCACCUCGUCCUGGUCAACCACAGUAUUACUACGAGCACUAUCAUUACCAGAACAAUGAUACUGGUUGUACUUCCUUUCUACAAGGCUGGUAUGUCUAUAUUUUUCUUUCUUUUAUUAUUGGGAUUCAUGUAAUUAAGCUCUUAGUAUAG